AAAUGGAUUAUUACAAGAUUUUAGAAAUUAAUCGUGAUGCUUCAGCUUCGGAAGUAGCAAAAGCUUACAAUAAACUUUCAUUAAAAUGGCAUCCAAAAUUGAGUAAGUUUGAUUAAAAUACAACUUAUCAUCAUUUUUGCCUAAUAUCAGAAGCCUACGAAGUAUUAUCAGAUCGUAAUAAUUAAUAAGUAAUUUAGCUAUCAAAAGGACAUUUUAUGAUAAGUAUGGUGAAGAGAAGUUGAAAGAAGGUUUCUUUGCUAAUGGAAGUAAUGAAUUUCAUGAUUAAAAUAGACCUGAAGGGCGGUUACAGUUUUGCAGGGAAUCCUGAAGAAAUAUUUGAAAAGUUUUUUGGGACAUCAAAUCCAUUUGCUUAACUUAUAGGUAAUUAUAUAUAAUAAAACAUUUAGAUACUGAUGGAUCAGAAAAUCACGGCACUCUUUUUAGCCAUGCUUUUGGAGGAUAGAAUUUCCCUGGAAUUCCAGGACCUUAAGAUCUUGAAAUUUAAGUAGAGUGUACUUUACAUGAAUUGUAUAAUGGUUGUGCAAAAACUGUUUCAUAUUAGAGAUAAGUGCUUAAUAAAGAUGGAAUUACUACUCGUUAAAUUAUGGAAACUAAGUAAUAAAUUUGAAUUGAUAUCUUUUAGGGAAAUUAAAAUUGAUAGGGGUAUUGAAACUGGAUAAAAGAUAGUAUAUAAGGAAUUAGGAAAUGAAGCUGCAGGAUUUAAGUCUUCUGAUCUAAUUUUUUUAAUAAAAGAAACUCCACAUCCAACUUUUAAAAGAAAAGGUAAUGAUCUCUUAUAUAUUGCAAAAAUUAAUUUGGCAAAUGCUAUUGCUGCAGAUCCAAUAUAAAUUGUAACUUUAGACAAUAGAAAAUUACAAGUGCCUGUAGAUUAAAUCAUUAGGUAUGACAAUAUAUUAAAUAUUAGUCCUAAAUAUGUGAAGAUGAUUGAGAACGAAGGAAUGCCUGUUUUUUAAUUAGAUGAAGUUAAAGUAUGAAGUUUCAUUUAUUUUAGGAUUUUGGUAAACCAUAUACAUUUGGAAACUUGUACAUUAGAUUUGAUAUUCAAUUCCCUGAAGAUCUAACAGAAAGUUAAAAAAAUAGAAUCAAAGAUAUUCUGUUAGAAGGUUAAUAAUGA